UCCAAAGAAGAAGAAGAAAUGAAACAAUUUCAGAAAGAAGACAACAUGGAUCCUGAGCUCGACAACAAAACAGCCACACCAAAUAAUACAGAUGAAAGUGUUCAAUUCUCCCGCGUUACAGCUGUUGCUUCACGGUGGAUGCAGGACUUCUUGUUUGUAAGUCUGUGUCGGCGUUUCAAGGAAGGAAAUCUUGAUGCAUUCAAUGAAACGCUUUCGACUUUCAAGGCCAUUUGUCAGAGUGUCUCUCUCAAAGGAGACCUCUGUGAUGAGAAAACUGUGAUAUGUGCCUUCCUCGCAAGAGUCAUGCAUGGAAAGCAGUUGGAUGUCGUAUUUGAGGAGGAUGACAGCGUGAUGCCUCUUAUGUCUGCUGCCAAAAUAUGGUCACGCCUGAGAGAAACAGCGGAAGAUGAAAGUUUGUUUGAAAACAUUACGAUUCUUCUGCUUGUCCAGUCUGUGGCUGUGUGCUUGGAGAAAGGUCAAAGAUCUUCUGCUUCUUCUGCUCUCAAGUGGUUUGAGAACAACCAUGAAUUCCCACAGAACUUGACAGUCAAGCUGACAACAAUAGUGACACAGAGGGACACCUACCAUCCAUUCCUCAUGAGCUUCAGCUUCAGCCGCCUGCUGGAGACAAUCCAGUCCUUCUUGGACACCUACCUGGAGAAGAACCCCUCUGACUUCCUUCUCAAGGCAGCCACAAAGAUGGCCCAGUCGUCACAGGACAUUGAAGGUUUUGAGGACACGGUGACGCAACACAUCUCUCUCUUAGAAAAGGCCAAUGAAUCAACAAAAAAGGACGCAAAAAAAAAGGAGAAAGCUGUUUGUUUGAGAACAAAACGGAAACUUCUCUCAACUAAAAUAACUGAUGUGUGGAAACCUGAUUCUUGCAAGAAGCCUUACAUCUCCCUCAGAAGAAUGUCCAACAAUGACUUAUCACAGCUGUCUGAGAGGUCAUUGGACACCUCGAAGAUCAAACAAGAAUCAAGAAAAACAAGAAAACGACCUCAGAAGUGGAACGCCCAGAUGGACAAAAACCUCAAGGAUGGCGUUAAACGUCACGGCCAGGGGAAGUGGUCUCGCAUAUUAUUGGAUUAUGACUUUGAAGGACGCACUGGUACCAUGCUCAAAGACCGCUGGAGAAUUCUAAUGAGGGCACACAAAGUCUGAUGAAGAGGGAGAGUGCCUCUAACUUUUACAAUGUAGCAAUUUAUCUGUAAAUAAAAACAUAGAUUUAGCUGAUCCACUCAUUCAAUUGAUAUUCAGCCCAUAGCUUAAUUGAAGAUGUACAUUUAUGUUAUUGGUGUUUUUCUGCUCCUGUCUGCACAGUGGAACAUAUACCACUAGAGGGCACUCAACACAGUGAACAGUGAUAAUCUUUUUUUUUUUUUCUUUUUUUUUUCUU